GACCUUAUGGUUUGAAUCCGUCGUCAUGGAAAUGGCUGAACGCUCGGUGCUGGACGCUCUGCGCGGUGACGUCACGGAGCGUAUUUCCGGAUCCGCGUAUGCGGGAUGAUCAGCGGUAGAGCUGUGCAGUAUGUGAGUGGGAUCGGCUGCUGUCUCCUCCAUAUGCUGGCUAGCUGAUAUGAGGAUCCAGCCUGCUUCUGCUUCCCUUUACACCCCGGAGGUCUCUGGCUAUCACAUCCCACCCAGUACUCCUGUAACGAUUUACUAAUGGUUGAAUCAGAUGAUGAAUUCACUGAACUUUGCUCCAAGCUCUUGAAACGGGUGAAGAAGUCCCAGCCGCCAGAGGGUCAGAGCAUCCCCAAAGCCAGCACUGCAACGAGAAGAAAGCUGAGAAGGAUCAAAUCAACGGAGCCCAAGAGCCAGACAAGUAAUGGGGGCGGCAAGGAAGCAGAGCAGGUACUCCGAGCAGGACACGGGACUGAGAAGCCAAGUGAUAGCGAUGGAACAGAGAGCAGUGGUGCAGUGCAGAGCUACCCGUCACAUGGGCACACAGAGACAGAUGGCAGCAGAACAGAGGGUCAGGUACAAAUGGCCAGACCGAUGGACCAGCCCAGUGUAAAAGAUAUCAUUAUGGAAAGGAUGCAGCAGUUUAAGAGGGCAUCCCCCAACCGCAUGAAGUUGGAUUCCACUGAGGUGUCUGGAUCAUAUGAAGCUUCUGAGGCUCUGCACACAGAUGGGGCUUUGGCCUUGGCUCUGCAGAUGGACAUCAAGGAGCAGCCAGUUAGCCUGGAAGAUGAAGGCCUCUUUUUUUGCCAACUGUGCCAGAAAGACCUGACGGCCAUGAAUAGUUCUCUGCGAGAGCAGCAUGUGAAUAGGUGCCUGGACCAGGAUGAGAGCUUAGGAGGCAUCUCAGCAGCUCCUUCGGUUCCCAGUUGCCCCCUGUGCGGAAAGCCCUUUAACACACAGAAGAGUCGCGCAUCUCACCUAAAACGCUGUGCUGCACAGCUGGAGGUUCCGGCACAGACGUUGCUGCAGGCUGUUCAGAGACAGGCGGUGGAGACAGCACCACCACGGGCGGCCUGUGUGAAGAGGAAAGGUGUACCAAAACAGAAGCAGCCCUCAAAGAAAAGGAAGACGACACAGAUCGGUGCAGAGCAGGAUGAUUUGCUUGUUGCCAUGGCGCUGUCACGGUCUAUGCAGGAGGAGAAGACUCAGCCAAACCCUGUCUGUACUCGGCCCCUACGUGAGAUUCCUCCGCCAGAAAAGAAGAGUCGCCGGAAACAGAAGGAGAAAGCUACCCCUCUUCUGCUUGUCCAGGCCCCGGAGGAGGCUCUGCAGAAGCUGCAGAAAAGGAUGUCUAUGCUUCUGACCGAGGAACCCGAAGAGCGCACGAUCAUGGCUCUGCCCCUCAGCUGCUUCUGGAGCAUGGAGCUGGAACAGCGGGACACCUGGAGCAUGCGUGGUGGGACGAGCUGUGUGCUCUGGGAAUCCAGCAACAUGAUGGAGAAUAGAGAUGCUCUCAGCUACUAUACAGCAGAGCUCAAUCCCCCAAUAACUCCAUGGAAACCACUCUCAAAGAAGCUGCUGAGUUCACAGCCGCUUGUAGCUACAGCCAACGUGACUCCUGGCAAUUCACAAAAACAAGUCCCCGCUGACACGGAUCUCCAUUCUGUAAAUUCUGAAGACAGGAACCCUCCAUCUGACAGCCAGAAGGCUUUGCUGGACUUGGCGGAGUUGGCAGGAGAGGGGAUGACACUCACUCAGUGGAACUGUGCAGCCAGCAGUGCCACUGAAUGGACAGGCCAAGAAUCACCAGUUGGCAUUGCACCUACUGGAUUCAUCCCACAACAAGAGGACCAGAAUAACAAACAGAGCCAUGCCCCAAAUACCGCCCCGCUUGUAACUCUAGCAGCAGAUUUCAUGGAGCUGGUGAACAACCCCCAUUUGAGUGAUGCUCAGCUGCAGACUGACUGUGGAGAGGUGCUAAAUGCACAUAUGUUAGUCAUAUAUGCACGCUGCCCCCUGCUAGUUGAAGCGGUGCACACUGAAGGAUUCUGGGUACAAGAAGCCAGCGCUGGACGCGUGCGAAGACUUCUUCUUAAUGAUGUAUCUGCUGAAGCUGCCCUCUCUUUUCUCCGCUUUCUGUAUUCCGCCAACACUGCCAUCCCCAGCCACUGUUUGACGCAUGUUUGUGAGUUGGCCCGCAGGUUCGGGGUUAAUAGUCUCAUAGACACCUGUGAACAGCUGGUUGGUGAGCGACAGGACUCAGAAGCUCUGGUUACCACACAAGAGGAUGGAGAUAAUGGGGGAGAACGGGCAGAAACCUUCCAAGAGUUGUUGAAAUCAAUGUGGUUGGAUGAGGGUGAAGACCUCUUCACAGACCAGGAGGCAGAAGGACUUCCGGAGGAGGAGCGGCUGGAUGAUGGAGGUGUUGGAGAGGGGGAGCUGGAGGAGAUCUAUGAAUUUGCAGCCACUCAACGAAAAAUGCCAGUAGAGCAAGAUAAAGAAGGUGGAAGUAGAAGUGAGCAUGAUGACUAUGAAGCCGAACAUGGAGGCAAGGAGUCUGAAGACAGCUCUCCUGAGGCCAGAAACCAUAUUUUAGGAUGGAAAGAACAAAUGAUUGAUGUAGCGAACCCACAUUCUACAGAUUGGCACAUGGAGACCCCUGUGACAGAUACCACUCCACUUCAAGCAUCUCCUGUCCCAAAAGCUGGGGAGGGUACUCCUUUUAGGAAAUCUCCUGAUCGUCUUACUUCAAACAGCCUGGAAUCUUCUCCUGUAUUUCCUUCUUUAGCUUCACCAGGUUGGCUUAAGACCCAGCCAAGUCGUCCCUGCUCUGUGUUUCCCAUUCAGUCUCCUCCCAAAUUUAGUGCCCCAGCUGCCUUUACAGCUUGUAGACUCUUUUCUAAGGAUUGCUCUAAACAUUCACAAAGCCCUUUGGCCAGUCCUGAAAAUAGUACUUCUCCUGUUGCUCAUGCAGUAUCAUUGAUUUCACCAAACACAUAUGAAGACCCUGAGGGAGAUUUGUUUGCUCAGCACAACCAUUCAUCUCUUGAUGACAGCUUUGAUCGCAUGUUUUCAGAGACUUGUGGGGAAUAUGUGGAGCCUUCAGGUAUUUGUGAAUCUAGAUCCCACGUAAGUCCAACUAACCUACAAGAUCAGGUGCCCAUGCUCACAAGUUCACCUUCUGCCAACCCAUCUCCUGCUCUACCUGUGCUCGGGUCUUCAGCUAACAUCCAGCCACAAACCAAUUCAUUUCUAGAGAGCUCCUCAUAUGGACACGGAAAGUCUCCACCCUCCAGUCUCAAAGAUCCUAAUGAUACUGCCCCUAGCCAAAAUUCUUCCAACAAGGCUGCUUCUUCUCCCAAAGUCUCAUUCCAAGACUCAGACAUCAUAUUGAUCUUGUCGUCUGAUGAGGAGACCGAUUCCAGUACUCAAGCUACAGUGCCGAAUGUAAAAGGGCAAAAUAAUAAGACCGUCAUGUCCAAGAGUAAAGAGUCUCCCAUUAGCUUCAGCAUGAGGAAGUGCAGUGAGAAUCUUUCCCACCUGGAAAUGAGUAGCAGCUCCGAGACCUCUUGGUUGGUGCCUGCCACACCUUUGCCUAGUUUAACAGAGUCACGAGUUUCCCAACUGCAAACCUCGCGCCUCCCUCGUUCACCACAAACUUCUCGGCAGACCUCACAUUUAUCUCGGUCACCUCAGUCAUCACCACAGAUCCCAUGUUUCACUCAGUCACCUCAAAGAUCACUAGUAACCUCACAUUUAUCUCGGUCACCUCAAAAAUCACCAGUGACCUCACGUUGCCCUCGGACACCUGAAACAUCACCAGUGGCCUCACGUUUUCCUCAGUCACCUGAAACAUCACCAGUGACCUCACGUUUCCAUCGGUCACCUCAAACAUCAGCAGUGACUUCAUGUUACCCUCGGUCACCUCAAACAUCACCAGUGUCCUCAUAUUACCCUCGGUCACCUCAAACAUCACCAGUGACCUCACGUAAUCCUCGGUCACCUGUAACAUCACCAGUGACUUCUCAUUUUCCUCGGUCACCUCAUACCUCUCUGCAGACAUCACAAUUAUCUCAGUCUCCUCUAACUUCUCAGCAGACCUCACAUUUUCCUCAGUCACUUCCAACCUCCAAGACCUGCAAACAAAAUAUUUCUCAUUCAAGCUUUGUUAACCCAUCUCAGACAAGCUUGGGGUCUUUGCCACUGUUGUUUCCAAAGUCACCUAAGACAACCGUUAGUUUGAAUCAGUCCCUGUAUUCCAACAUCACCGAAAAGCAAGAGAAACGUCAAUACAUACGCUCUAGCACUGCAAGUAAAGUAACCUCUUCACCUCCGACGUCUGUUGCUAGCAGCACUGUGUUUGAGGUUGGGGAUAGUGAAGAUGAAGGCCCUGUGCCAGAGCCCCAGGCCAAUACCACUGACUGCAGUUUCCAGAUGGAUUAUGAUGAGCCUCCCAUCCAUAUAGAGGAUGUAUGGUCCAAUAUGCAGGAGACACCAACAAGGCCUCACUCUUCCCCAGAGGGCACAACUCCUUCACAUCACCACCAAACACCUACCAAGCGCCCUGGAAUUCAGUCCAGAACUAUUUUACUGAAUGGAGACACAGAAGCAGCCAGCAGCUUGGAAUCUCCUCCCACCUCACGGAGUAACCAGCUGAGCUUCCUGAACUCCAAGCUGUGGGAUGAAUGGGAGGAUGAAGAGCCUGAGCUGCCAGCUGUUCUCCCUUUGUCUCAGAGGAUGAAUAAAGUUCCGGUUGUGCAGAAGGAGCUGAGGACACCUGUUACCAUUUUGCGCCGGAGAGAGCUUGCUCCAAAAGUCCCUAUCACUCCACUACCUCACUAUUCUGACAUGGACACCCCAGUUCUGAAAAAGGAGUUGAAUAGAUUCGGGGUGCGGGCUCUCCCCAAGAAGCAGAUGGUGCUGAAGCUGAAAGAGAUCUUCAGUUAUACACAUCAGGUCAUGAGCUCGGACUCUGAGGAUGACGUCCCUACAUCUCAGCCCCCUCAGAGAGUCCACAGCAGCGUAGCUCCGACUGAGCCGCAGCCUGUUCCCAGGAAACCCAGACAUGGAGCCACUACUGAGGCUCCCAGCAACCCGAAGAGAGGGAAGAAGACGACAUCUGUGUGUGCAGCACAGGAAACAGACACAGGAGACGAUCAGCCAUUGACAGCAUCACAGGAAUCUACUACAUCCUCUGUGGCCGCAAGUGACACCUCCUCCUUAUCCCACAGCUCCAACGCCAAUGAAUUUGAAACCGCGUUUGCGGACGAAGAAGACGAUGAGCCAGUGGCAGCCUCUCAAGUGGCCAGCAAAGAGGCACUCACAACGGAGGCAGUGCGGAGGUUCAUAGAGAGCCGGCCCGAUCUGCACAAGCGGAUCUUGCUGUAUCAGCCCCUGGAUCUAGCCGCCGUACACUCAGAACUUAAGCAGAACGGGAUUAAAUUGGCUGCGGGGAAGCUGCUGGACUUUCUCGAUGCACACUGCGUGACCUUCACCACCGCCACCGCCCGCAAGGAGAAGAAGAGCCACGGAAGGAGGAAAGCGGGGAAACGCCACUGAGUCCGUUUCUACCAGGGAUAAAUAAGUUAAACCAUCAGUGUACAUAUAACUUAACGUAAAAUAACUGAAAUUAUGUUUAUGAAUUUUAAGAUUAAAAAAACCCUGUAUAUGAAUUUGUAAACUGUGAAUGUUUUGUAUAUGUUAACUGUAUAUGGAAUAAAUACCAGAAAAGUAUAA